GCCUCCGCUUCCGGCCGGCGGGACGCGGUGCAGAGUCAGCUGGGGGCGGCGGGGCGCGCACCGGCACCGGCACCGGCACCAGGAUUCGGCCUUGCCUCCGGACAGAGCCAGCACCGCCGGCGCCAUGGGCAACAUCUUUGGGAACCUGCUGAAGAGCCUCAUAGGGAAGAAGGAGAUGAGGAUCCUCAUGGUGGGGCUGGACGCCGCCGGCAAGACCACCAUCCUCUACAAGCUGAAGCUGGGCGAGAUCGUCACCACCAUCCCCACCAUAGGCUUCAACGUGGAGACGGUGGAGUACAAGAACAUCAGCUUCACCGUGUGGGACGUGGGCGGGCAGGACAAGAUCCGGCCCCUCUGGCGGCAUUACUUCCAAAACACCCAGGGGCUGAUCUUCGUGGUGGACAGCAACGACCGGGAGCGGGUGAACGAGGCGCGUGAGGAGCUCAUGCGGAUGCUGGCGGAGGACGAGCUGCGGGACGCUGUGCUCCUGGUUUUCGCCAACAAGCAGGACCUGCCCAACGCCAUGAACGCGGCGGAGAUCACGGACAAGCUGGGGCUGCACUCCCUGCGCCACCGCAACUGGUACAUCCAGGCGACGUGUGCCACCAGCGGCGACGGGCUCUACGAGGGCCUCGACUGGCUCGCCAACCAGCUCAAGAACAAGAAGUGAGCGGCGGCGGGCGCCGGCCCCCCCGCGCCCCCCCCGCGCCCGGCCGCCCCCUCCCCGCCCCGGCCGCGGGUGUUUUGCUUUCUUCUGGCACCGGUUGCUGUGGGGUUUCGCCUCUUUCUCCGGGGUCUUCACGGUCCCCCUCGGAUCUCGUGUGUGCGUGCGUGGAAAUAUAGCUCUAUAUAAAGUCUAUGGGGGCCGGGGGCAGAGCCCCCCCCCGGGGGGGGCCCUCGGUGGGGCUGUGCCGGGGUGCCCGUCCCCGGCUCCUCUCUCUGCCGCGGACCAAACGCGGGGGGCGGUGGUGGUGGUGGGGGGGAGCAGCGGGGCCGCGGGGCCAUUUGGGACCACAUCUCCCCCACCCCCAGCCCGUCCCUGGGGUCUCCCUGUCCCUUCCCCCCCUCCCCAUGUCACUUCGAGGCAGGUCUCCUCCCCAGCGGCGCACCCGGCACCCCUCCGCGCCCCCCCGUGCCAGCAUAGUGAUUGUAACGUCCCCUGCCCCGGACGGACGGACGGGCGGACGCCCCAUUUCCCCCCCCCUCCCCGGCACUGUAUUUAUACCCCGGUCUGUGCUUGGUGUGACGUGUCGCUGCGGCUCUGCCCCGUCUCGGGGACGUGUGUACUCGCCUCCCCCUCCCCGCGCCUGAGAUGGUGGGUGACGCCCGGCCCCGGCCCCCCCCUUGGAUAUUAAACAUGUUUUAUGUA